GCAGGACACCGGGUUCUCUCUCACACACACAUACACAGUCUGUACCAUCAAGACACAGACAAGAUCUAUCUCUUAAGCGACAUUUACAGGCUGGUCAGACCUGAAUAAACCAGGUCUGCUCGGAUUUAACAGCACGGAGUGCCGGCUCUGGCCCAGGCUCCAGCCAUGCCUCUUCUGGAAGAGACCACUCUGCGACAAGAGCACCCACCCACUGUCCCCGUGGUCAUCAUUGGCAAUGGCCCAUCAGGUAUCUGUCUGUCCUACCUGCUGAGUGGAUACAAGCCCUACCUUGAUACAACAACUGUCCACCCAAACCCCAUACUGUACAGGAAACUGCAGGAGACCAAGCACCUAUCCAUCACUGAACAGGAUCUGGAAUAUCUGAGUGAAGGUCUCGAGGGGAGAUCGAGGAACCCUGUGGCUGUGCUUUUUGACACACUUCUACACCCCAAUGCUGACUUUGGCUACGAGUUCCCUCCUGUCCUUCAGUGGAGGAGGGACAAGCAGCAGCACAUCCCACAUCUGGUGCUCGGGAGGGCAACACCUGGAGGUGCUUGGCAUGCAAUGGAAGGCUCCAUGCUGACUAUUAGUCUUGGUAUCUGGAUGGAGCUUCCCGGUGUUAACUAUAGAGACUUGACAAACGGGAAACGCAGGGAUGUAACCAGUGACAGAGCCACCCCAGAGGAGAUAUCAUCCUAUUAUCGUAACUAUGUGAAGCUAAAGGGCCUCCAAAAGAAUUUUGUUGACAACACCUACGUGACCUCUGUCCAGAAACUCAGCCGGGGGCACGAGGGGGAAGGUCUGGAGAAUGGGCACACUGAUCAAGGAGAUGGAGGGGUGGUAGAUGGUGGGAAUGAAGGCUUUGAGGUAAAUGGAGUUGAGUGUCUCAACAAGGGAGGAGGGGGGGCUCUCUGGGAGGUAAGGGGAUACCAGCAGGUGCAGAACGACACUCAUGUUCCCUUCUCUCUGUUUGCUGAGAAUGUAGUUCUGGCCACUGGUGCGUCUGAUUCACCAGUUCGAUUAGGCGCAGAGGGGGAGGACCUACCGUUUGUAUCCCACAGCAUCUCAGAUUUGGGUUUGGCUGUAAGCCUGAGAAAACUGGAUAUGAACUCUGAUCCGAUUUUAAUUGUAGGUGCGGGUUUAAGUGCUGCAGACGCAGUUCUGUGCGCUUGUAACAGCAACAUAAGAGUGCUUCAUGUCUUUCGUAAGAGCGUAGACGACCCAGACCUCAUCUUCAAACAGCUGCCCAAGACCCUGUACCCAGAGUACCACAAAGUCUAUAACAUGAUGUGCUCUCAGACCUACACAAACGUGGCUCCCUCCUCUGCUUCAAACAGACCCCAGGCUGUAAGCAUUGCCUCUUCAGUAUGUGCCAAGAUGUGCCCAAAGCCCCAACUUGCCACAGGUAACAUGGCUGGUAAUGCCAGUGUCAGCCUGUUUCCUGACUACACCAGUUUCCCUGAACACUGCGUGGUGUCCUUCCAGUCUGACAUGAAGUGUUUGCUGCAGGGGAACAACUCCCUCAAGGCAUUCAAGAUCUCCAUGGCACUAGUGCUGAUCGGGACCAACCCUAACUUGUUUUUCUUGAAGGGUCAGGGCCAGUACCUGGGUCAGGAUCCGACAAAACCCAUCUCUUGCACGCAGAACCCCAUUGACAUCCACCCCUACACUUUUGAGUGCACCAAGGAGCCAGGUCUGUUUGCCAUGGGCCCGCUAGUGGGAGACAACUUUGUUCGCUUUUUGAAGGGUGGUGCUUUAGGCAUUGCCUCCUGUCUGCUGAAGAAACUCAAGAAGAAAGAGAAACUCAUCAGCAAUGGAGGGAACAACUUCAUUUGAUGGAUAAAAGAGCAGUACACGUUGGUCGUAGGGCACAGAUUUCAAGCGCCUCUUACCAACUGAUGUAAAGGGUGAAGGGGGAAACGAGUUUUAAUAUGUUUUAAUCAUUUAGGCAGUGUUUUUUCAUCAAAGCUAAGGCAUUUUUACAACUUUCUGAGACCAAAAAGACAAUGGAUGUACACUAAUUAGUUUCUAAAGAAACAAAAGACAGCUUUCAACAGUCUUGUCUGACUUCAUAAGAAGUCCCCAGAAGUCCAAGCUACCAUGUGCCAAUGUUUUCUAGUCAAUCUGUAACCUCACAACUGAAUGGGACCUUAUUUUCAUCAGGGUUAUUUAUUCGUUCACCAUGUGUCUUUCAAUCCAUUUACUAACAACAGUUAAAUGUUUGUCGUAUCACACUUUAAGUCUUAUUUUAGCUUUGCCUUUAGGAGAGGGGAAUGCUCAAAAGUAGAGGCCACUGUGCUCAUCCUCCAUGCAACUUAUAGCUAUAAUUGUGAGGACAAUCUGGUAUAACACAAAGUUACAAUCGUCUGACCUCUAAGAUAAACAACUCGGAGUGGUAAAUGUUUGCAAUAGUGGACACAAGAUUUAUCUCAAAACAUGUGACACAGCAAGUUCAUGGCUAAGCAAUCUAAAUGUUCCUGAUUAUUCUGAGCCUACCGUUAUUUUUAAACUUCAGAGGAUUCUUUGUUUAGCUGCUAUUGUAGGUAGUUGGAGCCAUAUACCUAAAAAACUUUAAGUCUAAUAAAUCUGACCUGCUGCUUUGGUUACAGUGAUACUGACAGGAUUUCUAUGCAAACAAUUUCCCUUGCAGAUCUGAAUGUAUUCUUGGGCACCCACUGACAAUUUUACCAUUUAGAUUCAAGUAUCCUGGCAAAAGACACGCACUCAUUAAAGGAUCAUUCUGGUGUUUUACAUUUUUCUUCUUUUUAAAAAUGUAUUUCUAUACAGUACGCACAUCUUCAGAUGUAAACUUCAGCCAACAGUGAAAAUCUUGGCAGUUUUUAACAUUUGUUUAGAUUUACAUUUAGAGCAACGGCAAAUGUAAUUGCGAGAUUACUAGGGGCCAGGGCACAUGCCGUGUCUUUGACCACCUAGAAAUGCGAGAUCGAGCACUGGGUGCUACUCUUGCCAGUACUCUGUGCCAACUUUUAAGGGUGUGCAGGCAGGUUGCAUCUGAAGUUUUUAAGUGACCAUAACUUCAAGUGUGUAUUAGGCCUAAAAUGUUUUUUCAUAUUUAUUAUAGACUGAUGUUAAUGGCAGAAAGGGAAGAUACUGGCUGUGAUUGGUUGUUCCUCGUCAUAUGACAUGCAGUGUGCAUUGCUGUGUUGCAAAAGUUAAACUUUGAGUAUCUCAGGCCGCAGCCAUAGCACCCUGAAAAACAGGCACUUGGAAACACUCAUGUGCCGUGACAGCGCUUUCGCUUUUGAGCGUGCCUUUGACGCAUCUACAGAGAAAACACUAGAUCUGAGAACGCUUAAUGCACAUCCUAAUUUUCCCCACUGAUAGUGCUUGCUUUUUUUUUUUUUUUUUUUUUCAAAUUUGGUUCAUUUGGCAGCCAGCUUUUAAUUCUGAGACAUGGAAACUUCUCAUCAGAUGAGCCCACGCUAACGUGUGUUACCCCACAAUGAUGUAUUUUGGCAAAAUGAAGAUGGGCAUGGUGUUCACUGAGAGAGUUCAUUAGCGGUAAAAUAUAAUUUCUAGAAGACAGGAUAAAACAGCAGCAUGGUAAUUUAACUUAAUAUCACCCAUUACAUCAUGACUGGAAUAUUAUGAAAAAGUAAAACAAUUCUUUCCUUCACAAUCCAUUUAUCUAAACACUUAAAAUUUUCUUGUCAUUUAAGCCAGUCAGUG